UAACUAGAAGUCACACUGACAUCCAGUGAUCAGCAGUUCUGUGGACGGAAACGCCUUGUUGAUGAGAGAGGUCAACAGAGAAUGACCAGACUGGUUCGAACUGACAAAAGUCUACGGUAACUCAGAUAACCGCUCUGUACAAUUGUGGUGAGAAGAAUAUCAUCUCAGAAUGUUGUGUCUGAUCGGUGUAUAUAUAGUACAUAUAUAUAUACACUGGUGGCCAAAAGUUUGGAAUAAUGUACAGAUUUUACUGUUUUGGUAAUUGGUACUUUAAUUCACCAAAGUGGCAUUUAACUGAUCACAAAGUAUAGUCAGGACAUUACUGAUGUAAAAAACUGCACCAUCAAAUCUGGACAGGCCCCAUUUCCAGCAGCCAUCACUCCAACACCUUAUACUUGAGUAAUCAUGCUAAAUUGCUAAUUUGGUGCUAGAAAAUCACUUGCCAUUAUAUCAAACACAGUUGAAAGCUAUUUGGUUCAUUAAAUGAAGCUUAACAUUGUGUUUGUUUUUGAGUUGCCACAGUAUACAAUAGACCGGCAUGUCUUAAGGUCAAUAUUAGGUCAAAAAUGGCAAAAAAAGAAACGGCUUUCUCUAGAAACUCAUCAGUCAAUCAUUGUUUGGAGGAAUGAAGGCUAUACAGAGCUUGAAACUUCCAAAAAACUGAAGAUUUCAUACAAAGGUGUACAUUACAGUCUUCAAAGACAAAGGACAACUGGCUCUAACAAGGACAGAAAGAGAUGUGGAAGGCCAGAUGUACAACUAAACAAGAGGAAAUUACAUCAGAGUCUCUAGUUUGAGAAAUAGACGCCUCACAUGUCCUCAGCUGACAGCUUCAUUGAAAUCUACCCACUCAACACCAGUUUCAUGUACAACAGUAAAGAGAAGACUCAGGGGUGCAGGCCUUAUGGGAAGAAUUGCAAAGAAAAAGCCACUUUUGAAACAGAAAAACAAAAAGCAAUGGUUAGAGUGGGUAAACAAACACAGACAUUGGACAACAGAUAAUUGGAAAAGAGUGUUUUGGAUCUUAACCCCAUUGAGCUUUUGUGCAAUCCCCAGUGCUCCCAGUUCAUCUCUGGGAACCACUAAUUUUGUUCUUCUUCGGUUGUACAUGGUAAUUGCUCUAAUCUUUUGCCCUGAACAAUUGCGAGCAAAGCAGCGAGACAACAAUGGAGAAAGCACACCAGAGAAUCACCCUGUCCUUUGCUCAUUCACACCCAUUAAUCACAGACCAGUGGCAUGUUGUGCACUAAUUAAUCCACUAGUUUGAACAUGCCCUGUGAAGAGACUGUGAGAGUGAAUGUUGUGCUUAUUUUCUGUGAUAUUUAAAUGUAUUUCAGUAAAUAAUGAGAGGAGUUUUUAAAUAAUAAUGAUAAACACACAGAGAAAACAUCUGUAUACUGUAUAAAGAAUAACCUGGCCGCACGGGUUCCAGAUAGGGCCAAUUUUAUGCAUUUUUUUUCUCACCUAAGAAAGAGGGGAAUUCAAAACAAAUAUAAAACAUUAAAGGAACAUGCAGCAAAGUUGUACUUAAUAAAAAAUAAAUUGAGAUUUUGAAACGUAUGUAUAAAAUCAUGACCACUCACAUGAUAUAAAGACUCCAGUCAUAUCAGUUACCAUAUGAAAGCUGUUUUAUUCUACAUGGAGAGGGUCUUCUCAUGGGGGCUGCCAUGUUAAGAUCACUUGACCAACCAUAAAUGCCUACUACUUGCUCAAUCUCAGUAACCACCCAGUUAUUGGACACUCACUCAUGGAUUAAAUUAAACAUGGUUGACUGUGAAUAGUGAACUUUUACAACGGCCUUGGUUACUGAGGUUUGCAUUUGAAUGAUGCUGCAUCCACACCAUCAGAUGUUAGUUUAAGUCUAAAAUGACAUGCAUAAAAAAAGUACUGAGUGGAGGGGGAGAGGAUCCCCUUCAGCAUAUCAUGGCGCUGAUUUUCUGACCUCUUCAGCCAGACGCGGACCGUUUGGCAUAACGCAGCAGCCGUUUCAGCUCAAAAGGAGAUAUUACAGAAUUACAGCCUCAAUCACCAUUCACUUUCAUUGUAUGUAAAAGAAGACUGAGGCCAACAUACACCAUAUAGUACAUAACAUCUUAUGUAUUACAUAGAAGAAAGGAAGUCAUAUGGGUUUGUAACACAUAAAGGGUCAUUAAAUGAUGACAGAAUUCAAAUUUUUGGGCAAUCAAUCCCUUUAACUCGUGGUCACCAUUGACUUUAGGUGUAUAACGACAGGUUCACACAUCUUCCGUGGGCGUGGCGUGAGCGGCGCCACUCACAUUGGCCGUGUCUACUACUGAUUGAUUUGCUUUUGUGUCUUUUCUAUAAUCUCCUGAUUAUUUUAGUGUUGAACGGCACCCAGAGCCGCUGAGCUGAGCGUGAGCCGUGGCAAAAAUAGGCUCAACGGCAAAACUAUCCUCACUGCUGCACUUGCAGGGGGAACGGUGUUAUCUGAUAAUAUAGGCACCGAAACGAAAACGUGCGGCUCACGCCCCGCUCACGGAGGAUGUGUGAACCCGGCAUAAUAGCAGCAGCAUGGAUAUUCUGCUAUAAAUAACUCAUUUUGUGAUCCAAGGAGGAAGAGAUUCAAAGACAUACACGUUUGGAACAACAUAAGGGUGAGUAAAUGAUGACAGAAUGUUAAUUUUCGUUGAUCCUCAUAAUCACGUAUAAAUCACGCCCCCUAACGCACAAGCCACGCCCUUUGUCUAGUCUUUACUGCCUGUAGAAAGAACACAGCUUGCGUACUGCAGCAAAGUAAAUCGUACCGGUUACUCAUUUAUCGUACAGUCAUGGUGUGCCACGGGCAGUGACGCGUAACCGGCCACCGACGAAUUACAGCCGCGGGUGACAGUCCGUGAAAUUGUGUAAAGGAGUUGAAAAGACAGUGUACCCGGCCUGUGACGAUGCCUACAGACCGGGAUCCUCCUGUCACUGCGAAACUCCUCCAUCUCAUCUUCCUCUCCAUCUUCUGGGGAAUGCAGAUAUGGGUCACCUUCAUAUCAGGCUUUGUGAUGGACAACCAUCUAAACCGGCACACAUUUGGCUUCAUCCAGAGCCGGCUCUUCCCGUUUUACCUGCAUAUCGGCUCAGCCUGUGCUUUCUUCAACCUCACUAUCUUUGCCAUGUAUCACCCCAGCGACCUGAUGGAUGACAGAGAGGCUUUCCAGAUCUUCAUUUAUUUCAUCUGCGUGUCUGUGGCGGCAGUGAAUGCCCAGUGGUUGGGUCAGAUGACCUCGGAAAUUAUGGCAGACAUGCACCUGAUUGAGCAGGCAUGCGGGCUGGGUCAGGACAUUGGACUCUCGUCCAAUCGGGAAGCCUACGCCAAGCUCUGUGAGACAGACCCCAAGUAUAAAAGGCUGAGUGGUCGGCUAUGGCUUUAUCACCUGCUGUCCUCCCUUUGUAACCUCUGCUGUAUUGUAUGUAAUGGAUACAGCCUAUAUUACCUGGCAGAGAACCUCACCACACUCUGAUCGCCUGAAGUUAUACUCUCUCAAUGCAGUACAAAACCCUCAAUUUGUGUCUGUGUGUCUCCAGCAGUGAUGACCUACCUUCAGGAUCUGGGUUACCUCGGACAUAUCUGGUCACCAUUAUUAUGGAUUGUGUCUUUUUAAACUUGGAUCUGUAUUGUAUUGUAUGUAGUUUUUAUGUUGUGGACAAUGGCUGCUCAUUUAAAUUGGAAGCUGUUACAUCUUUGCAUGGUUGAUGAAUCAGAAAAAGUUGUAAACUAAAACAAAUUUAAGAAGUGGAAUUACUAAGGGCUAUUUAUUAAGCUAUGAAAACCUUCUAGAAAUGCUUAUGUCACAAAUGUGUUUUCUUGAAAUAAAAGAAACCUCAUUCUUUCAACAAAACAAUUAAAAUAUAUGAGAUAUUCAAUGUACAGGGAGAUUUUCCACGUUUAGAGAGUCUCCAUGCUCGAUUGGAAGCUUUUGCAGUUUUGAACACCGUGGCUCAGUCUCAAAACCAAGAGAGCUGCCGCCUAUAUAGACAUCAUUUUUGGACUCCGAAUGUCCUCACUAAAAGUUUCGAGAGAGUCCAUGUUCUGGACAUGGUGUAAGAAAUGCAAUGAAUAUGCAGUCUUCUGACGCGUUAUAAAAGUGACUUGACGUGCCGUCUUAAGAACACUACGUUCAUGGAGCGAGAUACUGCAAAAGCAGUAUGAGAUGCCAUGCAAUGGCCAAAGACGUUCGUCUGCUUGUACAUAGACCAACAACGUUUUUUAUUGCACAAAAAUAUAAUAGUCCUCACAUUGAUCACAGCAGGUAAUUGAAGUCUUACAGAAGUUGUCUUGAAAUUGAAGGUGCUGCUUUGAUGGCUAUAGCAAUGGUGUUUAACUUGGAAGAAUUAAGAAACGCAACUUCUCGGGAGUUUACCGCGCUGACGGUCUAAUAGAAUGCUGAGGCAUAGUCAGCUCACUAAAACCUCAGAGAAGUUGGAAUCUGUGGUGGACAACUAGUUAAAUUAAGUUAAGGCUUAAAUGGUGUCUCAGCACUGUUAGUUGCUCUACAUAAUGUGGUCAUGCAUGUUUUGUUCAGUUUGCUCCCAGCUGCCUCACUAACACAUUCAUAUUUUUUUUGUUGUUUUUUUUUUACUGAGAUUGACAAUGUAUGCAGUGUAGUUGUAUGUAUAUAUUCUGUAUAUGUGUGUGUGUUAGCCUGAUUUAUGAAUUAUGUACAGUACAACUUUUUAAAAAUGAAUUAAUUUGCUGUCAAAACAUUUAAUUGCACUCUAUCUAUAUGCAUCACAUUGAUCUUUGUUGUCAGCCAACAUAAACCAGUUUCUCUCCUGUUUGGCCACUUUUGCAUGCUGUGCCUUUGCCUUUCGCAUGUGCUAAACAACAGUAAACCGGACUGCCUGGGUGUGUGCGAGACGUAGUGUGGCUAACAAGCAUCGUAGUCAUCAAAUGUGCAUUUAUUUGUGGGCCGCUACACCUUGCUUUGGAAUGUUCCAUCGGUAUUCAGUCACUUUGCACUUGUUCUUUCUUUCUAUCUGUGUCCAUGGUUUUCUCACUACAUCCCGUAAUCUUUAUGUAUUCAUAACAGUUAAGGUGUGUUGUGUAGAGUUAUCCUCCAGGGCGUUUUCUGUUGUAUGACAUAAAAAAUUGUCCUUGAUGUUGCUGGUGAGGCUUUGGGUUUGUCCCUUUAAUUAGGGAUUAAAAGACUAAAGUUCUGGCAUGAAACUUGGUCCUUUGAACUUCUUAUCAAUCAACUCACAUGUGAAAUGUUAAGCUAAUCGGUUUGCAUGGUGUAAGCUGAGAGGUCCUUUGACAUGUAAUCGGGUAGCCAGUCACCUCAUAUACUCUCUCUUUGUCUGGCAUUUGAAUUGCUCAGUUGCAGAGAAGCCUGUAUUAUUGCAGUGCAGUUUUUCAAUGAAAGCCUCCUCCUCCACCUGUGCCACCUGUCUAGAUCUGUUACAUGGGGAUUGUGUAUUUAUGUCUAAUUGUGCCGUAGCACGUCCACAUGCUUAACACAUCAGUCUGUGUAUGUUAUAGUAGUAGCAAUUCUUUGAACUUGCUCUGCAACUGCAGCAGUGUAACAGAUCGACUCUGCCAAGACCAAAAGGCUAUCAACAUGUUAUACCAACAUUAACAUGCUAAACCUUUCCAAGAGUUGUCAUGACUGAACUACAUCUAAUGAAUGCAAAUGAAAUGGCAGCUACUGUAUGACCACUCAAGUGACUCCAUGUUUAUAGUUGUAUUUAGUAUUUUUGCGUCUUAUACUGUUACUGAAUCUCCAGGAAUUGUUAGCUGAAGUGUCAUUCCCUUUCUGGGUAUGAUUUUAGAAGAUGAAGAAAUUUUGCAUUAAAAGGUUUACUAUCUGAAUGAAAAGUAGACAACUUACAUACUGUCUAAACCUGUAACCAAUGUAAAGCUAUUUAUUUAUUAUUGUGCUGCCUAAUGGAAAGGGGUGACAUGUUUAUUUUUAAUAAAUGUAUGAAACUGUAUAUAAAUUCUUAUGUUUUGUUUAAAGAAUAUUGAGAGUUCAAUACAAAUUAAGCUCAAUUGACAGCAUUUGUAGCAUAAUACUGAUCACCACAAAAAUGUAUUUUCACUUGCCCCUUCUUUUAAAAAAGCAAACAUCUGGGUUACACAUUUUUGUGGUAAUCAACAUUAUGCCACACAUGCUGUAAAUUGAGCUUUACUUCUAUUGAACCUGUAAUAUUUAUUUAAUAUGUGAAUGUAAAAUGAAGUCAAGAACACUGUAAUUGAGA